CACGCAUCGCGCGUUCUAAUUUUGAAAUUCGAAUUCCAAUUUUUAGUGAUCGUUCAGAAAUCAUGUUCGUAAAUUACAGUGAAAUAAAAUUAUUUGUUUUUUUUAAAUAGAUAACAGUUUAAGAUAAAAUAAAUUAAAUUAUUUUUGAUGCAACUGAAAUCAAAAUAAUGAUAAUGAUUGUUUACUUUUGUAUUGCUUUUGUUAUGUAAUUUUCCAUGUGUUUAAUUGAGACAAGUGCAUGUUGAUAAAAUAAUCGUUUAAAUUUAGAAUUAUGACGUUCUUCUUUGUCUCCUUAAAAGCAAAUCUCUCGCAUUAUUUUUUUAUCAAGUAGCUUUACAGCUCUGAUUUCUUGUCCUUUUGAGCCUAAAUUCCUCACAAUUCGUGUUUUUAAACUUUGUAAAUAUAUCAUUGUUUUUUUUAUAAACCCUAUAUAAUUUAUUUAGGUUAUAAAAUUAUAUUAUGAUGUGUAGUUUAGGUGCCAAAAGCUAGUGGUGGGUGUCUAAUGUAUUUGUGAACGUGCUUGAAAUAAGUGUUGAUUAAACCAUGGUGGCGAUGGUCGAGGUUGCUAAUAAUAGCUAUUUCGCGUCAUUUUUACCUACUGUAAAUUCACCGCCUGUUCCUCAUCGAGACAUCACGGGGGCAAAUACAACAACUUACCGGCCGUAUAACGAAGAAUACACUUCCGUCCAACGACAUUUAGACAGACCACUUCAACAAGAAAUAGAAGUCGAACGCUCUAAAAAGGACAAAAAAUGGUCUAUCGGAAAACUCUUUAGAAGGAAAAAGAAAGAAGACGAAAGUGGUUCGUCGUCACAAAGUGAAGAUGGCGGUACUAAUCGAUCACCGUCUAAAAGAAAAAGUAAAAAGAAAAAGCGAUCCCCAGCAGUUAACAACUUUGAUCACAUAGUGGUCAGGGAUACAAGACGAGCUCAAAGCUUAGCUAACCCGAACAUCUACGAUCUGAACGAUGAUGGUGUCUUGUCCGAUCCUUCGGCUGGCUUUCUCAAUUAUAAAGCUAAUAGCCAGGAAGUAUAUGUACCAAAAGAAGCCAUCCAGAUUAAAGAUGGGACGUCUCAUGUGGGAAAAGGGAUUUUAGAGACACCUUCGCGUAAAAAAAGGAAAAGUAGGUUAAAAGCUCGAGUUGAGGCCCUGAGAAAUAGCAUGAAAGGAGACUCCAGCAGUGAAGACGAGUCUUUAAAAUCAUCUUCAAAUUCAUCUUCUAUGAUUCGAUUCCGAAGUGAUGACUCAUUGAUGAGGUCUCGAGACAGUUCUUUAAACAAAAGAUCUAGAAAUGCUCGAAAUGAAAGAUAUAUUAAAAGGUUGUCUCGCGACGAUGAAAACCAAUUGAACAAAGAAGCUGAAUUAUUACAGCAAGGCUAUACAAAAGCUGAAGUUGAAAUGUUAACAAGAACACCAACAAGUCAAAGUAGUGGUUACGGUACAUGCAAACGUGAAACUGGAAAUAAUAUAGCGUCAGACCAAGUAAUUGUAAAUGAAACAAAUAGACGUCCCAUGAAAUCAGAGUCAAUAUCAUCGUUCCCAUCAACGCAAAGCUACCCUUCAUCAAUUAAUUUUAAUGCCAAAGUAAAUAAUGAACGUAUCAACUAUGCUAUUCAAUAUUCAAGUAACAACGUAAAUCGAGGAACGCAUCAUGGUAAUAACAUUAGAGAAGGAAGUGUUUCAAGUCAAUAUGAAAAUCCAGAAAGUAUAAUAUGUGUGAAGUUUCCUUUGGGAAAUGUACCAAAAAAAGAGGAAAAAGCUCCUCCUGUGCCACCUCCACGUGAUAUGCAUCGGAAAGUGGUAACGCCUGUAUCGAUGCUCUAUGAAAACAAUCCUUUGAUAACAGAUAGAAUGAUUAAUAAUAAUUCAAGCGUAAAAUAUGGUGUACCCAAUAAUGAUUUUGAAAGAAUAAUGAGGAGGAGUCAGGAAAGAUUUAUCAAUUAUGGAACCAAUGGACUACGUCGACCAAUAUCGACUUCAGAAGACCAUAUAGCAAUGCAAGAUAAUGAAUAUAUUCAAAAUUUUAUGAUUAAAAAUGAGCAACCACGGAGACCUGCAUCUGUGUCAGCUGAACCAAAGCAUUAUGGACAUUUUGUAAAUAAUACCCCGCUAAGAAAAUCUGUAGACCAAGGUUACCUGAUAAAGCCAGAGCCUGUGCAACUAAGGCAGGACUAUUUAUAUUAUGCUGAUGAUAGCCCAAGGUCUCGUAGGCCUAUUAGUAUUAAAACUAGUCAAAAUGGUUACCAAAACCAAUAUUUAAGUGACUCACAAGUUUCUGCAGAUCUCAGUAAUAAAACUUAUCAGAGACCAAGAAAUGCAUCUGAAUUUUGGAAAAAAAUUGAUGAUGCUGAAAAACAAAAACGACAACAAAAUAUUUUUGCUCACUCUAGGAGUAAAAGUGAAUUUACCGGACCUAUACAGUCAAAAAGGUUAUACCCAGAAUCUAAGAACUCUAUAUGGAAUAAGACCCAAGAUGGCAAUGAAGGUGCUGAUACAUCGAACAAAAUAAAGUCAAUUGAUACUAUUGACGGUGCUAAAGUAUGGAAAGCAACAACAGAGUACAAACGAUCUACUACUAUAGACCCAAAACCUACAAUUUCACCAACAAAAACUCAUGCAAGGCAUAAAUCGGACACUUAUAUAUCCAGUAAUAAUUUGGCUUCUGAUGAAGAUAAAUCUUCAGAGAGGCGAAAAUCAACAAAUCUAGAUGAUGCGCUAAAUGAGUUAGAAGCAAUAUAUAACAGUUUGGGUUUGGGAGAUGAAGACCUUUUAGACAGAGCUGAACGCCGAGAAUUGAUGACACCCAAAUUCAAUGAGCAGUUCAACGACUGGAAUGGAAAUGACGAUAUCCAAUUACGAAGUCAACCAUCUACUCCACUGCGACGUAUAUCGAGAAGAUCAACUUUACCUGAUAAAUUGCAAGAUGAUAUGGCAUUCCGAAGAAUGAACUCUUUUGGUAGCAAAGAUAAGCCAAACAUUAAAGAUACCCAAGCACAAAUUAGCUACAUGCUAGCGUCACCUGUAUAUGUUCCUUAUACGUCAGAUGAUGAUAGACAAUCAGAACGCAAUGAGCCUGAUGUAGUCCAUGAUGAUGUAGUGUACAGAAACAUUAAGCAGACUAACAGUAGACUUAAAACUGUUGAUCCACAACCACCUUUUGGUAUUCCAGUGGGUCCUAUAUCUCCAGCACCUCAGAGUGAUUAUUUACAUGCCACGCCUGAAAAUAAAGGAAGAUCUCGAUUUAUUCCAAAAAGGUCUCCGGAUAUCGUAGCCGAUGAUUUAGCUUACAGGAGUCUGAGAAAAGAUAACAGACAUUCAUCCCUUUUUAAUGGUGAACUAAAUGGUUAUGUAAAUAAUAAUAGCUAUACUGACUAUCCAUUUAUGAAAGAUUCUGCUGCUAAUAUUAAAAAGAAACGAGCAGUACGGUCUUUAUCUGCAAAUAUAUUUUCUAUGAUACAAAAAGAAAUAGACGACGCCUUAAAUAUGAGCAAAAUGUCCAAUUUACAAAAAACGCAUAGUAACAGUGAUGUUAUGCGAAGGUUACGAGAUACAUUUGAGAAAAAUGACAAUCAAAAGGACUCCUAUCCACGGAACAAGGUUCUUAGUAUGCUUGCACAAGAAGCUAUGGACACUAGUAAUAAGCUAGGCGUUGCAUUGGCUGAACUAGACAAAAAUCGAAACAAGAAUGAAAGUUCGGACAUCCAGAGUAGGAUAUCAGACAGUCGAUUGAGUUUUAUGAAUGAAUUAAAUUACAAAAAUAAAGAGGAUACACCUGAGUUUGAUGAACAUAAACCAAAACCGUUUGCAAAAAAUAAUAACCCAUCAAACAUAGCUGUAGAUAAUUCUGAAGAAAGUUUAAAAGGGAAAAAUACUGCAGAUAGUUUGUUAAAAAUAUCCGAUCAACUUCAUAAAGUUGAGGAUCAAUUAAAAUACAGCUUUGAAAAAGAACUGAAACUUGAAGACGAAAGCUAUAAGGUUGAUAGUCAUAUAGAUGAUACUAUGAAGGAGUUAUCUACAGCAAAAAUCAUUACGGUAUUACAUGAUGAAACCAGCAUAAAGCCUGAUGUUAUACCAUUAACAAUCAAUAACGAUACCGAAGAGGUUGCGAUGACAGAUAAAAUCAAUCCUGAAAUACCUCCGCUGCGUUAUAAUCCUCUCAAUCCUUUUUUGAACACAGAUGAUGCAUUGAAAGAACUCAACGAAAUAAGAGCUUUUAAAGAAUUGAAAGAUGGAAUAUCGGAUCUAAUCGCAGGUAUUACAGAGGUGAACGAAAAAAUAUUAGUACCAAAAUCACCAAAAAAGGAACAAGGUUCUCUAAAUAGCACAGAACCAGCUUUAAAACAAGUUAGCGAGAAAUUAAAUGAACUAACACAAAAUAGUACUGCCACUGAUAUAACUAAUAGAACAUCUGCAAACCUCUCUAUUUACGAAGAUGACCUAGAAAAUAAAAAGGAUACAGCUGAUUCAACCGAGUACAACUCUUCGGAAGAACUCGCGACAAUAUUCAAACUCGACUACAAUGCACCACGUAACGAAGCAAGUCAUAAUAACAAUGAUAAUAAAGAACGCAACGACUUGAAUUCCCCGAAACUAGUAAACACGAUGACUCAGCAUUUGAGAAGGCUUUCCGUUGAUGAAAGCACUAGUCAAAACAGUUCACUGCCAACUAACGUAGUCCCUUGGAGAGCUAAGAGGCAAAACAGUAAUCCACAAAACGAAAAAAAAGGCGAUAGUACGAAGUCAAAGCGCAAUUGGCACGACUCUGGCACCUUGAUGUUAGCUUGCUCGUACACCUUAAUGUUCUCGCAGCACCUGGCAGACUUGGAUUGGCUGACGCUGCUCGGCUUGCUGUUGGCAAUGAUCACAAUUAUCGCCAUGCUUGUAAUAUGAUGUCGAACGCUGGUGCUAAAUCGGUUGUAUGAAUCUGCACACUACAUUGACAGGUCCAGUAACUAUUGGUCAACGCGCUAUUCGCUAAUGACAUAUAUUUAUUUGUCAAAUUAAAUGAACCUAAAAAACUAAAUCCAGUUAAUACACCUUUAUGUAGUGUGUAGAUAAAACAUAUUACAACCCAUUUGGAAUUGAUAUUACCUUGUAGCAUACUUACUUAUAUUAUUAUUAUUUUAUAAUAUUUUAUUUUAUUAAUGUGUAGAGAUAUAAAGCUAAGCUUAAAUAAGUGAAGCACACGAGUAAGAAACAUUCCAACAUUAAGUAGUGAAUAAAGAAAAAGUAAUAAAAAUUGCAAACUUUAUUUUUCAAAAAAUUAUGUUCUAAAAAUUUUCUUAAAUGUUUUGUACCUAUGUAUAAUAAUGUUAUCUGUCCUAUAAUGAAAAUUAUAUUUCAAUGAAUACGAGUAAAUAUUAUUACACCAAUAUUACAGCUGUGAUUUUACGUUUGUAAUUAAAAAUAUUAUUAUAUAUCAUUGUGUGCCAAAUACGAACGAAAAACUUGUACCUAAUUGAUGUUAAUGAUUGGUUUUUACUUUGCAUGGAAAAGUGAAUCAAUGUUUGCAUGUAUUUUUAUUACUGCAUUUUAGAGCUGGUGGUAUUUCAGCUUUAUGUAAAUCUUUAAAUUAAACUGAAUUGACGGUGUAAAAAUAGAACAAUAAUUUUAACCGACUUCAAAAAAAGGAGGAGGUUAUCAAUUCGAUUUAUAUCAUCGAUAUAAAUCGGUAGAUGGGCCCCUCCAUAUUAAAGAACGCACAAUUUUAUGUCAUUACCCAAAGACGUGAAGCACAUCUUAUCUUAGUACGUAACAAGCGCAUGCUGUGUGUGACUUAAGAAAAUAUUUACUGUUUUUUCUAAAGUCCACUUAAUCCCUUAAUUAUGCCUUCGUGUUCAUUUUGGAAGUAUAAAAACAACAUGAAUAAAGAGCCAAUGACAAUUCCGCGACGCUUUGAGGCCAUCUAACGAUCUAAGAUCGAUGAAUUCGUUGGAAUCUUUUUUUUUAGAUUUGCUAUUUCUACACCUAUCAAUUUAGUGUAGCGUUGAGAUUUGUAUAAACCGGAAUUAGCACUAAAUACCAAUUUAAGUGGUUCAAGAUUUUAUUAAUAAAAAAAUGUGUGCUUUUUAAUUUUAUUAAUAAAUAUCGAUUGCUUCAUCGAUUUAUUUUGGUUUUGUUUAUUUUUAUUAAAAGGAAGUAAUUUUUAAUUUAAUAUUAAUAUUUAUUACAAUGUUAUGUAAUUUUUAUCAACACACAUUGUUGUGAUAACACCAGAUAGUACUUAAGUUUUAUUGAAUUUAAAGGAUUUGGCUGAACCUGAUUCCUUGCUAAAUUGUCAGUUUAAAAAAGUAUAGUUAGUUUCCAACUUUGAAAAAUUAAAGUUUGGAAACUACCUAUAUUUUGAAUUGAUUAAGCUGUUUAUAUUAAUUAACCAAACUUCACACUGCAAUAACUUAAUAUCAAGAGGUUAAUCGAUAUAGUCCAACGAAUUUCACUGUAGUAGAAUAUGAGAGGCGAUGUGCAUUUCUAUUUCAAUAUUCUCUGCCAUACAUAUUGGUCUAAAAUCCGGCAUUAGGAAUAUAUACCUUCGUCUGCUAUUCAUUAGUAAUAAGUAAUAAAUUAUAGAUAAUGUUUACAGUGACAUAUUGCAAAUAGGUUGACUAGACUAGACAAACACAUUUUUUAUACAAAAUCUAGGAAACCAUGACUAACCACAACUAGAUCAAAGGCAACCUAAUAUAUCUAAAUUAAGCAUAAAAUAAGCUUUAAUUUGACAUAUUACACGACUAAAUAACGUUACAUAAGUGUUUAUAUCUGGCAACCCCACAGUUGCAGUGUGAAAGCAGGCAACCUUUAUUUUUUUCAAUUCUUUUGGGUAUAUUCUAUUAACUAGUGUGUAUUUUUUGUAAUUAACCCAUGAUCCCUCAUUGGUUAUUAAAAAAGAGGAGGAAUAAUAAUAGGAAAAAGGAGAUUAAAUAAAUUAAAAAAUACAUAUCAUUUAAUACUAUCUGGUAAUUUAACUAGGCAAUCUAUGUGCAAUGUGUUGAUGUACAUAUUUUCUAUCAUUUAUGUUUUAUCCCAAUUAAAUAACAGAUGAGGUUAUAUAUUUCUUAUGCUGGAUCUUGUACUAUAUAGGGAUUAAUUUAUUGGACAUUUACAAAAAAAAAAAAAUUAAAUGUGUACCUAUUUAUUAACACUGUUUUCUAACUAAAUAAGAAAGCAUCGAAGCCUUACAGAUUUGUAGAUUAUCUAUCUAUAUACUAUUGAAUAUAUGAUACAUCUAUUGAAUACUAUGAUAUAUCUAUUGAAGAUAAUUUCGUAAUUGUUAUCAAUAGGUAGUAUACUUUACAUCUUAUUAAUUAUUAUGUAUUUUUCUAGGUGAAAACUGAAUGCCCUACUAACAGCUCUACCUGCCACUUUUAAGAUUUACUUCGAUAUUAUUUAUAAGCAAUUUUAAUGAAUAUAUACAUAAGUAACUGUCGUACAGAAACUGUAAAUAUAUACCCAGAUUAUUGUAAAAGUACUAGGAUAAUUACAAUUUUAUAAGACUUAAAGAUUGUUAUAUAAAAUAUUUCAUUCAAACGCCUAGAACUGCUAGAAGAUAAGUAUGUUCACUUAAAUGCACAUUUUUUUAUUUAUUUGCGAAUAUGUAGUUAAAACAUUUAGGAUUUUAUAAAACUUUCGUGCUUUUACGAGUAGGUAAAUCAGCGUUUUUAUCACCACCCUUACUACGUACUACCCAGGUGCUAAGCGUCUUUUAGGUACAACUUAAAGUCAUCAUUAUCAGUUUUUACAAGGCCCACAACUGUGCCUGGCCUCAGGAUGCUAUACAUAUGGAGCUUAGACCCACCAUUUUGCAGAAUUGUGCAAGCUAUUCCGCAUAAGUAGGUAUAUAAAUGAGAAAUGGAUGACAAUGUGAACAAACAUGUCCUAUAACUUUAUUUAUUGUAUAGUAAGUAAUUGGGAAAACAAAGAACAAUCAAUAAAUUACCUAAUAAGAGACACGGCUAAAACUCACGUCAUACCGUCGGAGUUUGGCUGACUAGUUUCAAAUCUAUAUGGGGCCCUUAGUCAUGAGCUGGUUCUUGCAACGCGGCUGCUAGACAAUUAAUAAAUUUUGGUUGAUUACAUAAUUGACAAUCAGGUAUUAUUAAUUAUUAUUUUAAAAUAGGUAAGCAAAAUGUGGAUUUGUAUAUUAUAUAUUAGUUAAAUAUAGGUAUUAUUGAUUGUAUGAAUUGUAUAUUAUAUUCGAAACUAUUAUGUUUUAUUUGUAUUGUAAUGGACACUACAUAUUCGUACCAUCUAUCUACAAAAUAUUUUGUUAUACCUUGAUUUUUUUAAUUAUGAUUUUGCGCUUUAGACGAGAACUAUAUCGCGGCAUACAUUUUACUUACUAUUAUAUUGUUGUACCUAUAUGAAAUGUAAUUAUAUAAAACAUACCUACUUAUUUUUAUGUAGAGGCUUCCAGUUAUUAUUAUAAAGAGCGUUAUUUAUAUUAUGAAAAAAAGUUAUGAAUCAAAUAAAAUGUUUUCAGUUA